UGUGCCUGUGCUGAUAGUAGAUGAGAGUUGGAAUGUAGCGCAGUGAGAUGGGUAAUAACUUGAAUAAGCCCAGCUCAGCCACAGUAGAAAAUGAACCACAUGCUAAAGCAACAAUACCAGGUCAAACCAACAGUAAUACAAAUCAAACACUAGAUGAAUUAUGGUCAAAAAAGGAUGGUGAAUUACCACGUCUUGUGACCGCUGUUGUUGUUGGUGUGGGCAAUCGUGGACAAAAUUAUGCAAACUUUGCUCUGGAUUUUCCAUCUCGCCUCAACAUUGUUGGAGUUGCUGAGCCAGAGAAACACAGAAGAGAAAAAAUACAGCGGCUCCAUGGCAUUCCAGAUGAGCGCGCACUAGAUGACUGGAGUAAAUUAGCAAUAUUGGAUAAAAUAGCUGAUUUUGCUAUCAUUACAACUCAAGAUAAUAUGCAUAAAGACCCAGCCAUUGCGUUUGCUAAUAAAGGAUAUCAUUUGCUACUGGAGAAGCCAAUGGCAGUCGAAGAAGAAGAUUGUGAGGAGAUUGCAGAUGCUUGUGAGAGAAACAAUGUCAUGGCUGCUGUGGGACAUGUCAUGAGUUUUCUCAUUCCGUUAUGUUUGGGGAAUUUACAUCGUGAAUGGGAAGCCGAAGGAGCUCUGAACAAUUAUGGAAGGCAUUUCGUAGUUGGGUUCACUGCUCAAUAUUCAAGCUACCAAGCGCUUGGUUACAUUGGUUUAUCAAUACGAGCAACAGAAGACACAAAUGUGACCAUAUUUAACAACAAAUCAGGUUCACCGAUGAACGACACAAUCUUUAUAAGAGGAGGAGAAAUACUGGAGAAGAAACUGCCAGUAUCCUUGCGAAUGGCGGGCACGAAGAAGCAAAUGAACGGCAUUGAGAUUAAGUCGACGAGAAACAUUUCUGUCGUAUGUUUAGACCACUACUCCUCUUCAGCAGAUGGCUACCUGGCACUACCAACAAACACCUUGGGGCUGGUUUACGUUGCUGCUUCCUAUCCACCUUAUACCUCUUACGCCCGUUCAAACCUUGCUAUAAUAUCUGCUCACGACAAAAAUGGUGUUCUUAUUAUACCCGCAAAAAAUGUGGUAAUAAAUUAUCAUGGGCUCUCGUACGAUAAAGGCUUAUCGCUCUUUGUAACUUUGGAAAGGCUUGAAGCUCUUCAUCUUUCCUGCACAUCGGACAUGUCUGGAACAAUUAUUAUCGCAAGCAAACUAGUUGCUGUAGUAUCUGGUGUCGACCGAGCGCUACCCUCUGGUUCCAAAACAUCCCAUGACUUGCUAGAAUCAUUUCUUUUACCCGUAACUCAGUGGGGAAAACAAUACAUAUUGACAACUGUCGGAUCACUAAAUAAACAGCAAGGAGAUAUUUUCAGAAUUUUUGCGUUUGAAAAUAAUACAGUUGUCGAAAAUGCUUAUAAGAGCGAGGUUUUGUUAACUGGCGCAUAUACAGAAUUGAAGCUGGGACAAAACUUAACGUCUUUCGUGAAGUGUAAUAAACCAUGUCAAGUUAUGCAAUACAUUAGAGGGGAAGCGAUUGGCGGAAAAUAUGCAGACCCUUCAAUGAUUGUUCUCCCGUCAGAAAACCAGUUUCUUUCGUAUUACCAAGCAGUACUUCCUAACAGCAGGCAAUAUCAUGAUUCAAUCACUGUAAUGAUUCAAGGAAUAUACAAAGAAGGUCUAUAUAUGAAUGGCAUAAAACUCAAUGGCGUUCAGUGGAAGACUAUUGAAGGAACGCAAUAUGUCUGGACUGUUGUUAACACAGCAGGCUCAAAUACUGUGACUAUCUUCCAUUCUUCUUCCGCGGUGAAGUUUGGUCUUCUCGUCUAUGGUUUUAAUAGCGCUGUCUCGUACGCUUAUCCCGGAGGUUUUGCUCUAUCAAAUAUUGGUCAAAAACAAGCAAAUCAACGUGCACCAAAAAUCGUCAAUUUUCGAGACAAAGUGACAAACUACGGAAUGGAGUUUGUUGUAGGAUUUACAUCGUUGUAUCGGUCCAAGAGUGGUGGUCAAAUUGGAAUAGCUAUUGUGGCCCAUUUUGAUACGAACAUUACCAUUAAAACAGAAUCCGUGACUAAAUCAUUGAACGUAACUUUUCAUAUGAAAGAAGGAGAAUUUUUAAAAUAUAAUCUGCCGUUGUCUCUUCGAAUGAAUGGAAAACAAAGAAAUGGCGUGUUGGUUUCAUCAACAGAGAACAUUUCAGUAACGUGUUUAGACUACCGGUACAGUUCCUAUGGUGGUGAUGGAUAUUUAGCGUUACCAACCUACGCACUGGGCAUCAUUUACGUUGUUGCUUCAUAUAAACCAUACGACUAUUAUUCACGAGCAAAGAUCGGCAUUGUAGCUGCACACGACCGAACAAACGUUUUAUUUAAGUUGAAUAAGAACGCGGUUAUUGCAUACAAUGGUAUCUCAUAUAAUUAUGGCAGUCCUUUUCAUAUUUCUUUGAGUAAACUACAAUCUGUUCAAUUAGAGAGUGUAUCAGACGUAUCCGGAUCUAUGAUAUUCGCUUCUAAACCAAUAACUGUUAUCUCCAGCGUUGACUUAAAAAGACCUGGUUCUGGAAACUCUGAUAAAUUAGCGACAUUGCUUUUACCAGUCACCCAGUGGGGAAAACAAUAUAUAUUAACAACUGUCGGAUCAAUGAGUCAUCAUAAAGGAGAUAUUUUUAGAGUUUUUGCAUUUGAAAACAAUACAGUUGUUAAAAAUGCAUACGGGAGCAAACUCUUGUCUCCUGGUACAUACACAGAACUGAUAUUGGAUAAAAAUCUAACGUCGUUUAUUAACUGCAGUAAACGUUGUCAAGUCGUACAAUACAUUAUUGGGAAAACCAUUGGUGGAAGAUAUGCUGACCCUUCAAUGAUAGUGCUUCCUUCGAUUAAACAGUUUUUACCAUAUUAUCGUGUUAUGGCAAGUUAUGCUUCAACUUACUUCAGUUCAGUGACAAUUACGAUUGAGAAACGUUAUACGAACGGUUUGUAUUUUGAUGAAGUUCAAAUGUCUAAUUUAACCUGGUUGAAAGUAACGGGGACAAAUUACGUUUGGACAGUGGUUGGUAUGGCUGGAACAAAAGUUGCUACAGUUUAUCAUUCUUCACCGGCAGUAAAGUUUGGAUUGUUGGUGUUUGGAUGGUACUACUCUGAUUCUUACGCUUACCCUGGCGGAUUUGGCCUUCACCAUUUUUAUACGUCAGGGCAAGAACAAGCGAAUCAAAUGGCAUCCAAAACAGCCACUUUUACAGACAAAGUGACAAACUACGGAAUGGAGUUUGUUGUAGGAUUUACAUCGUUGUAUCGGUCCAAGAGUGGUGGUCAAAUUGGAAUAGCUAUUGUGGCCCAUUUUGAUACGAAUUACCAUUAA